CGGAUAAGUUGUAAGCCUGGGCGGUUUUUGCCUACUGUUCCUCUUUCUCCUCCACGCUUCACGUUCAGAAUCUAUGCUGGAAAAGAAAAAGAAGAGUCGGAGACGAAGAGUAAAUUUUACCGUGAAGUCUGUCAGUGUCGCGCUGCUGACGUCACGACCGCCGUCUCCGCUGUCUUCUUAAGUGGCCACCUCCGAAGUGUGUCUUGUGUGUUGCUGUGUAGAUGCUGAGGAUAGGCGGGCUUGGUGUGGUACUGAGCCUGGCCGUGGCGGCGGCGGCUGUCAUGGCCGUGUGGUUGAUGGACUGGUGGGGUCCCCGCCCUGGUAUUCGCCUCUUCGUACCCGAGGAGCUAGCCCGCUAUCGGGGCGGCCCAGGAGACCCGGGCCUGUACUUGGCUUUGCUCGGCCGCGUCUACGACGUGUCCUCUGGCCGAAGGCACUACGAGCCUGGGGCGCACUAUAGCGGCUUCGCAGGCCGAGAUGCAUCCAGAGCGUUUGUCACAGGAGACUAUUCUGAAGCCGGCCUCGUGGAUGAUGUAAAUGGCUUGUCCUCCUCUGAGAUACUGACGCUGCACAGCUGGCUUUCGUUCUAUGAGAAAAAUUAUGCACUUGUUGGAAGACUGGUUGGAAGGUUCUACAGAAAGGAUGGGCUGCCCACUUCAGAACUAACCCAGGUAGAAGCCAUGAUGACCAAAGGCAUGGAGGCAAAUGAACAGGAACAGAGAGAAAAGCAGAAGUUCCCUCCGUGCAAUGCCGAGUGGAGCUCUGCUAAGGGCAGCAGGCUCUGGUGCUCCCAAAAGAGUGGAGGUGUGCACAGAGACUGGAUUGGUGUUCCCAGGAAGUUGUAUAAGCCAGGGGCCAAGGAGCCCCAUUGCGUGUGUGUGAGAACAACUGGCCCUCCUAGUGACCAGCAAGACAACCCUAGACACUCAAAUCGUGGGGACUUGGACAACCCCAAUUUGGAAGAAUACACAGGUUGCCCAGCGCUGGCCAUCACAUGUUCCUUCCCAGUCUAAGAUGGUGUCCUGCAUGUUGCUGAUACAUGGAGAACCUUCCCUAGAUCUACAGAAAGCCCUUGAUCUUGUGCCCUAGCAUGGCUUCUGGCCUGAAAUAGGAAUGUCAAGGACUCCAGCCACACUCUGCAAAUGUGGGUCACAAUUCUACUGGCUGAGACAAGAGCCUGAUAGCCUACCUCGUAUGGUCAGCUUGUUUUGACACUGUUUGGAACUUUUGUCUCCUGUCAUCAUCUUUCAGAGCCUGCAGACAUUAAUGAACACAGUGAAAUCAACACAGAACUGCUUGGGUCAGAAGUCUGAGAGCUUCAUCAGGGACAUCCCAUAGAUCCAGUGCUGUCUGAGUCAGAGCUUGGAUCUGCCCAUCAUGCCAGUCCUGCUGGUACUUGGAGCAGUAGCGAGAUAGGACUGUGGCUCUCAGUGGAAAUCAGGCAUUUCCCAAGAUUAUUUUGCACCUUAGUAAAAUGAAGGUAACUGUCCUAAGUCACAGAGUGAUUAAGCUCCUAAUUUCUGACAUUUGUGACAUUUCUAAGACCUCUACUCCAAGGCAAACUUGAAUGUACUGACUCCAUGAAAGCUGGGAUGGGGUCCAGUGAGAUGAGACAAUGAACUGGAGUAGCAGAUUCCAGGGCUUGACUUACACAGAUGGAGCAUACCAUAAUCCCCUGCCCUGGUGUGUGUGAAACUGCUCUCUCUACUCAUACUGCUAGUGAAAAGUUGUCCCUCCACUCCGAAUCUCUAUGACUGCCGUUUGAAAGCUUUGCUCCAGGUCUCUCAACCCCACUGUAGAAUUCCCUUCUCUGCUGCACAGCAGCACUUCUUACCUGCCCUUCUGGGUCUUGCCUUCAUUUUCCAGACAGGGUCUCAUUAUGUAGCUCUGGCUAUUCUGGAAGUCACCAGGUAGACUGGGCUGGCUAGGAACUCACAGAAGUCCUCCUGUCUCUGCCUCCCAAGUAUUGGGAUUAAAGGCAUACACUGCUAUGUCCUACUAAUUCUUACCUAUCUUGAUCUCUGCUUUUUUAAGUUACUUGACUUUUUGAGACAGGAUCUCAUGUUUCCAGGUCAGCCUUGAACUCAGUAUGUAGGUAUGUGCUAACAUGCCCAGUUUAUUCUGUACGAGGGAUUGAAUGAACGAGCUGUAUACAUGCUAGACAAGCACUUUACCAACUGAGCUCUUGGGGCUCAGUGCCUGGCCUGAGUAUCUUCAUUAGCCAUUGGCCUGCAGAGUAGGUUUCAACUUUUGCCCUGCUCUUUAGUUGGUAUUCAACUAUUGUGGGCAUGGUGGUGCAACCCUUUAAUCCUAGCACUCGGGAGGCAGACAGGCAGAUCCUUGAAUUCAAGACUAACUGGUCCACAUAGCAAGUUCCAGGCCAUCCAGGGCUAUAGUGCAACCCUAUGUCCCCCCUGUCCCCAAAAGUAUCUACCAUUGUGGGCUUGAACCAUGGAUCCAUCAGCCUCACACUGGACUGAUUCAUUGUCAUACACCCGUGGACUGUGAACACUAUGCUUGUACUCCUAGGCAGAGCACAAUGAGCUGUUCCAGGACCUUGUUCUGAAUUCUACCCAGCCCUGCACCUGGUUCCUGAGUGCUAGGAUUAAAGAGGGUAGGACCAUCAAAGGUCCUAAGAAGCCCAUACAGAAUGAGUUAGACCAUCACAGCUAUUUGUCUGAGUUAGGGGCAGAUGUAAGAGGGGUAGAAAAAGAACACAUUAAGUCCAAGCAAGUGAGCAUUCUAAAGUCUCACUCACUAGACUUGAGCAGGGCUUUAUGAACCAGAUUUUAAUGUGCAGACUCCUAAACCUUCCUUGAUGUUACCUGAAGCCCACAAUGCUAUCAGCCCCUGCCCCCACCCUUUUAAAUCUUGGCCAGUAGGAAGCUCAUCAUGGUGAAUACUUAUAGUCGCUUUGAAAUAAUGGAGUAAAGGGGGAGUCUAGGAUCCUUUGGACAACUUCCAUGGUUUUUUGCAUCAGCAGUCACAUGGGUCACCAUAACUAAAGCUUGCAUUGGAGAGGUAGGGAAUGCAGCAGCUGCUCACUCUGAACGAAAUGCUUGUGAGAUCUGUUAAUGUGUCACACGGAACGUUAGAAUAUGAAAUGCUGAGGGUAGCUGUUCAAGACAUUUGUUCACAAACCAAUUUUAAAUAUAUUUUUCAGAUUUAUUUUUAUUAUUUUACGAGUAUGAGUAUUUUGCCUACAUGUACAUCUGUAUAUCACUUGUAUGCCUGGUGCCCGAGGAGGUUGGGAGCCUCCACACGAGUGCUGGGAAUGGAACCCAGGUCCUCUGUAGCAUUUACUCAACCACUGAGCUAACUCUCCAGCCCUCACAUUAUCAAUUUUUAGAAAUUGUUUUUUAAUGUUUACUGGUACUUCUGGCUUAGAAGUAGCUAUAAAUGUCUUUAAUUAAAGUUUACACUUUAAAUUCACAAUUUUACCUCAUUUUUAUUAUAAGGAAUUAUUACAGAAAAUCAAAAUAUCAAUAUUUGAAAAAUACAUUCCAUUACACAGACUCCAAAGAAACAAUGCUGCUAAGCGCCAUGGUCCCCGUUGAUGUUGUCCUUCCCACACUGAGCACCACCGGAGCAGUGUGAGAGCCUAGUGGUCUAUCCAAACACGUGCCUGCAGUUUUGGCCCAGCUGCUGCUGCCUUGUCCUUGGUACCAUAAGGAUGUCAUGAACGUCCAGUUCCACACAGCUGCCAAACUGGCAAGUUAGUAAGGCCAGCAGUCCCCAGGCUCCCUCACUGUAGAAAACCAAUGUUGUCAGUUGUAAGAGUUAAUAUGUUAUUUAUUCCACACAAGAGGCAAUGAUCCUCCAGAGAAAGUCUUUAAGGCAUCUACGACAUUUGAGAAUUUUAUAUUAACUGGUCACAUACUCAGUUUUUCACCAGAUCAGUUCUGUACAGUGAGCAUAGCUCAGAGGCCUUUGCUGAGCUGCGUCCUCUGCUGGGCUGGCAGGGGAGCUCUGGAGCUUCAGGUGGCUCUAGGGGGCUGAUCCUGAGGGAAGCCAGCAUCUGUGAGGGAGACACACAUUUACAUGCUGAUGUUGCUUCCUCUCUGGUCUAAGUAUCUGGCAGUUCAGCCACUUUUUUUUUCCCUCCAGGUAAGGAAAUCCUAGAUUGGAGGCCUGUCCUCCACCCCUUGCCUACAAACAAGACUAGUGCAGGAACGGUUUGGUAUGGGGGAUGGGCACAAAUUGAGCAGGGUGGUGUGACCCACACACCCAGCUUUAUGAAAAACCCAUUCAAGGAGAGGGAGGAAGCUGAUGGGUAGUCAGAAACAACUCAUGGCUCUGAGGUAGAGGACAAAAACAUCAUGUGGACCCCACUCCUUGGAGAGAAUAUGGCAGAUGAACUGAGCAGUUAGUCUAAUAUUCAGCCUGGACUGAAUUGGCUAUUGGGGUGGAAUAGGCCCAAAACUUGUGUUCUAACACAUCACUGAGUGAGACACCAAUGAAAAGACAACUGGAAAUAAGGGAGUCCUCAGUGUAGGCACUUAAGCUUGUGGGACAUUGCUGUGUUAGAGGAUUAUAACAUACUAGUUUAAGCACAUGGCCUGUACCUCUGUUUUUAAAAGAAACAAACAAAUAGAAAAUCCUUAAUGAUACACUGUACAGCAGAGUCGUGAUGAACAAGGGGCAGUUAAAAAGCUAGGUGAGCACAGAAGGUUAACUGAGGCAGCAAUUAGCUUUCAGUAAAGUUGAUUCUUCCUGAUUGGCUCAUUCACAACUAACAACUUUUUAAAUGGAUAAAUGAAGUUUUGCUGCUAGUUCUUAAGGUACUGAUUAAGAGUGAACAAGAAUAGCUAAGCAAUUUCACGGUGAAGUCUGGUCAGCAUGGAGAGAGGACAGGAGAGACGCACAGGAAGUCUGGUCCUGGCCAGGGCAGUGUACAGCAGGAGUGCAGUGCAGUGAGCGUGGCAUGGUCAGGGGGAUUGUGGCGUGGAAGAAUGCCUGAGCCACAUCUACAGCAUGGCUACCAAUGCCCCUCAGUCACUCAGCCCCUCUAACCACCACUAAUAACAACACUGACCUCUGAAGGAACAGAAGCUUGAACCUACAUAUGUUUUAGGCAUGAUCUUCAGAUUUUAAGUACAGUUAUAGGCAAGAUUGUUACUGAAACUGGUGUGGUAGGGCAAGGACAGAAUGAUCAGCUUCAUCCUGAUUCCCUAUUUCCCCCCUCUCCAUAAUAAACAAGGAAGAACAGGUAUAUGUGCACCAACCACCCUGGUUCAUAACCAAACCAUUAUUACCUUCCCCACUAAAGAAUCAUGGUAACAACUUAACCCUAGGUCUCUGUGGCCCUUUUAAGCAAUAAAAAUUGGAAACUGACUACAUGCUUUCUAUAGUUGUUGGCCAAGACUGACUAAAUGUUUCCAUAAAAACUCUAUAUGAAGUUUAAGUCACAGGCUGGGGGCAAUGGCACUCCUCCAAGUAACUCUUCCUUUUAAACACCAUGUACAAGCUAAUGUUAACAUAAAAAGCAUACAUAUAAAUCACCUAAGUAUUUUUAGAAAGUAGCACACUGGUUUCUCAGCACAUUUUAUACAUAUUUAGGCAGCAAGAUGCCUAACUCUACAGCAACAGAGAGCAUACCACUAUCCAAGAAAGAGAUGCCAAAAGAAGUCCCUUUUAUUCAUACACCCACACUCCAUUAAUGCAAGUAACGUAGGGUUAUCAAAUGUCUCAAAAAAUCAGUGCGUGUGAUUGACAGUUAAUCUCUGACUAUGAGCAGAUAUUGUUCAUCUUAGAGUCUCAGAGCAGUUGUGAUUUUGUUUCUUAAAAACAAACAAACAAACAAAAAAGUGGUUUAAGUUUCUCUUUCAGUGUGCAAUAUAAUAAAAUUAAAAAAUUAAAAUUCCCAAACAGAAACAACCCAAACACUGGCCAAACUUUUAAAAGAAAGAGGCCCAGCAUCCCGGGGCUAGUAUGGGUAGCAAUCAGGAACCAAAGACCUCUGCUUUGGAGCCUUGCUCGUCAUUUCAGCCAUAUUUCUAAAGCAGGCUGUUCAUAAUUGGCCAGGGUCUUGGGCUGCUUGGCUAUGAUGAGGCACAGUGCUACCCAGAACUGGCACCAUGAGCACUAAGAAUGCAAGGCAAGGUUUUAGCAGGAAGGAUGUGUCAGGGAGAGAGAGG